AUGUUAAAAGAUAAACCAGCAGAGCGAAUCGAUUUUUUUGUAAAUAUUCACGAAUUGUCUCGUGUCUGCGCAUAUUUUGAGAAAUUUGAUGGGAAGUCAUUUCUCGAAUUUGCGACAAAUUGUACAUCGACGGUCGCGCUUCCCGUAAGUAAUUCGACAAAUGCUUGUGAGUGCGAGUCGGAUCCGAAAUUUCCGCUCAGCGCUCAGCAUUUUCACGCGUUUCUCGAAGCAGCGUGCCCAUCGAUUCACGGAUUACGACCAGCGCCGAUUGAAAUGUGCAACGUAAUUCCCGUGUUGUCCGUGCUUCGACAUUUUCCCAGCGAAGCUGUUUUGACUAAUUGUGAACGGUUUCUUAUGAAAACGAGUUUAUCCCAACUCGAUGGCUCAACUUUACUCCAUCUCAUUGAGGCCGGAAUCAACGUGCAUUUAGAUCAUAAGAUUCUUGCCAGAAUACUCUGUGUGUGUCUCAUGAAUGUAAAUAAGAUAGCAGAUGUGUCGCAAGAGCUCACUGGAAAUGUCGGAGCACUCUUUGCUCAAGCUUUUGUAGCGAAUGCUACUAAAGGCUUCCGGCAUGUGAGACCCCUUGAACAGGAGAAUGUUUGUCCGGCAGUACGAGAACUUAUUCGGAAUAGUUCGGGAAUGCGGCAGAAUACGCCUGAAACCACCGAUCCGUCGUUGGAAGCCGAGAAAGGAAAAACAGGAAGAUCGAAGAAAAAGAAAGGUUGCGAUCAUUUGGAAGAUUCGUUCGAAUGCAUUCUUUGUUUCGAUACAAGAUGCACCAGAUGCAAAGGAGAAGCGGCGUUUUGUUUCAAGGCGAUCGACAAUUUUUUAUAUGAGGUUCGUCUUCAGCUUUUUCCUCACACUUAUCGUUCUCAUCUGGAUCGCGAAUUUCUUCGCGAGGGAUGUAUUAAUAAUUAUAUAAUGCGUCAUCAGCUACUUCCAUUACCCAAUCAAUAG